AUGUCUUGGGUAUCGUUGAGACUAGUGGAAGAGAAGCAAAAGAAAGGUCACCGCGAGGACUUAGAGUCUUAUCGUACUAGUACUUGUGAUGUGACGAGUGGAAAAGGGGUGGAGUGUUGUUUGGUGACGUUGUUAACAAGUAGACGGAAUAUAACACCUCAUUCCUCUCACGCUAUUCAUCCAUCAUUCUUUAAUCGAAGUAAAGGUGAUCAGAAGACAGUACCUGAUUCGUACUAA